AUGCCAUUGGGACUGAUAUUAGGGUUAGGGAGGGCAUUUAGAAGGAAGCGCACAUCGUCUCUUGACAUUCUCACUUCGAAACGUGGCCCAAGGGAUUAUUACAAGGGGAAGAAUUGCAUACCAACUGGUUUUCACACUCGCAAAGGUGGUUAUGUAGUGGUGCAAGAAAAACUGCCAAACUAUGUAGUCCCUGAUUUGACUGACUUCAAGGAAAUUGGCUUUACAUCUGAUGACUUUGGCUUGGGCAUGGAAACUAUAGGCCUGAAAUUUAGCUGGCCGUCUCACUUACUUAAAAGGCUGAAAGCUUGGCAAGUAGAGGCCUGGAGGUUAGCUGGCCAGGCUGAGAUUGCAUCCUCUGUGGUUCUGGGCUUUAUUACAGGCUCAACUAUUGUGUUUCUAAAACCAUAUGUGUCCCAGUGUCCAAUAGAAGUUAGCUCUACUGAGGCUGCUGAUUCGG